AUGGCUGGAUCUGGAAGUUCGGAGGCUAGAAUCCCCAUUUUCUCAGGUGAGAACUAUGAAUUUUGGAGGAUUAAAAUGGUAACCAUUUUCAGAUCAUAUGGUUUAUGGGGUUUGGUAGAGAAGGGGUUCCUAAUCCCAGAUUCAAAGACGAAGCAGAAAUCUGAGGAUGGUUCAGAAGAAGAAGUUGAUGAGAAAACAGCUGCGAUUCUCAUGAAGGAUGCGAAGGCCUUGGGUAUCAUUCAAAAUGCUGUUUCUGAUCAGAUUUUUCCCAGAAUUGCAAAUGCUGACUCUGCAAAGAUGGCUUGGAAUCUGCUAUAUUCAGAAUAUCAUGGUGGAGAGCAUGUUAGAUCGGUAAAGCUUCAAAAUCUUAGACGUGAAUUUGAAUACACUAGGAUGCGUGAUAGUGAAACCUUAUCUGAAUAUCUUACUAGACUAACUGAAUUGAUUAACCAAAUGAAAACAUUUGGUGAAGUUCUGUCAAAUGAGAGGCAGGUUCAGAAGGUGUUAAUUAGUCUAAGUAAGAAGUAUGAUCCUAUAUGCAUUGUGAUUGAAAACACAAAGACACUAGAAACUGUGGAUUUGCAGGAAGUAAUUGCAAUUUUGAAGAGUCAGGAGCAACGGCUUGAAAUGCAUAGUGUUGAUACAGCUGAGAAGGCAUUUGCCUCAUUCACUGUGAGUGCAAAGGGUCAGAACAAAAACACUUCUCAGUCUGGUUCAUCUAAGUCACAGAAAAGCUGGAAUUCUAAAGGGAAGUCAUGGGAGGCAAAAGACAAGUCACAGCAGAAUAAUUAUUCUGCACAGAACCACACUUCAACUCAGUUCUCAAAUCAGGAAAACACAAAGCCUCAAUGCAAGGUGUGUUCAAAGCAUCACUUUGGUGAGUGCAGGUAUAAGGAAAACCAAAAUGCUAUAACUGUGACAGAUUUGGACAUCUUGCUAGGGACUUGGCUGCAGCAAUCAUAUGACAGGAAUUUAGAAUUACUGGCUGAUGUGAGAACUAAUGUAGCUGGGAAAGUACAAAUGCCAACUGGUGCACUAGUGAGUGUAGCUGGUAUUGGUUCACUGAGUAUUGAUACAGCAAAGGGCAGGAAAUACAUCAGAGAAGUUAUGUACCUGCCAGGAUUGAAAGAAAAUCUGCUAAGUGUUGGGCAGAUGGAUGAACAUGGGUAUUGUCUGGUGUUUGGAGAAGGAAUGUGCAGGGUAUUUGAUAGUCCAUCCAUGGAUUACCUCAUCACAAAGGUGGAAAUGAAGAGUAACAGAUGCUAUCCUGUCUCUUUUCUAGCUGAAAAACAGUUACUAAUGAAGACUAGUUUUCUUCAAUCCCCAUGGAUUUGGCACAAGAGACUUGGUCAUCUGAAUUUUGGAGGAUUGAAGCAGCUAAGGGAUAAAGAAAUGGUACAUGGUUUACCACAAUUGGAAGAACAAAGUGGUGUGUGUGAAGGGUGCCAAUUUGGAAAACAGCACAGAAAUGUUUUUCCAAAAGAUCAAGCACAAAGAGCAAGCAAAGUACUAGAGCUAGUACAUGUGGAUCUCUGUGGUCCCAUGAGAAAUGAGUCUGUUGCAAGGAACAGAUAUUUCAUGCUGAUUAUAGAUGAUUUCACAAGAAUGACUUGGGUAUAUUUCUUGAGAAACAAGUCAGAAGCCUUCUAUUGUUUCAAGAAGUUCAAGUCCAUGACUGAAUUACAAACUGGACACAAGGUGCAAUGCAUAAGAAGUGACAGGGGUGGAGAGUUUCUGUCUACUGAUUUUUUGGAGUUCUGUGAAGCUAAUGGCAUUCAAAGGCAGCUUACAAUGGCCUAUACUCCUCAGCAGAAUGGAGUAGUUUGA